UCAAGAAGAGAGAAUGGCUUCUAGCACAAAAAGACUUCACUUUGUAUUGAUCCCUCUUAUGGCGCAAGGCCAUCUAAUCCCCAUGGUUGAUAUCUCCAAGCUUCUUGCUCGGAAAGGCACCGUUGUAACCCUAAUUUCAACCCCUCAAAACGUUUCCAGGUUCGAGAAAACGAUAGAUCGGGCAAGAUCGGAGUCGGGUCUUGAAAUUCGUAUCGUGAAAUUUCCAUUUCCUUACAAAGAAGUUGGCCUGCCAAGAGAUUGCGAGACUCUCGACACUUUGCCCUCGAGAGACCUUCUGAAAAAGUUCUACGAUGCGGUGGAUAAGUUGCAAGAACCAUUGGAACGGUUUCUUGAGCAGCAAGUAAUCCCCCCGAGUUGCAUAAUCUCUGACAAAUGCCUUUCUUGGACAUCAAAGACAGCGGAAAAGUUCAAGAUUCCUAGGAUUGUGUUCCAUGGAAUGUGUUGCUUCUCUCUUUUGAGUUCACAUAACAUUAAUCUUCACGGUUCUCACCUCUCGGUCUCUUCAGAUUCAGAACCUUUUGCAAUCCCCAAAAUGCCGCAGAGGAUUGAAGUGACUAGAGCUCAGUUGCCCGGAGCAUUUGUGAAGUUAAAAGAUUUGGACGCCAUUAGAGACAAGAUGCGAGAAGCUGAAUCAGAAGCCUUUGGAGUUAUUGUGAAUAGCUUCCAAGAAUUGGAGCAAGGUUGUGCAGAAGCGUACGCAGAAGCAGUCAAGAAGAAGGUAUGGUGCAUCGGACCCGUUUCUUUAUGCAACGAAAACGCUUCAGAGAGAUUCGAGAGAGGAAACAACGAUAACAUCGCUAUAACUGAGAGUGAGUGCUUAGAUUUUCUAGAUUCCAAGAAACCGAGAUCUGUCAUCUACGUAUGUCUUGGUAGCCUAUGCCGGUUAAUUCCAAAGCAACUUAUGGAAUUAGGUUUAGGGUUAGAAGAAUCGGACAGACCCUUCAUCUGGGUUCUGAAAACCGGGGAUCAAAGGCAAGUAGAUGAGCUAGAUGAAUGGCUAAAACGUGAAAACUUCGAAGAGAGAGUGAAGGGAAGAGGGUUAGUGAUAAAGGGUUGGGCUCCACAGACAAUGAUACUCUCACACAGUUCGGUCGGAGGGUUCUUGACACACUGUGGCUGGAACUCGACAAUAGAAGGGAUAUCUUCGGGAGUUCCGAUGAUCACAUGGCCAUUAUUCGCCGAGCAAUUCCUGAACGAGAAAAUGAUAGUAGAGGCUCUCGAGAUCGGAGUUAAGGUCGGAGUCGAGAUUCCUGUGAGGUGGGGAGAUGAAGAGAAAGUUGGAGUGUUGGUCAAGAAAGAUGGAGUUGUCAGAGCCAUAGAGUUGUUGAUGAACGAAGGCGAUGAAGAGAGCGGAAUGAGACGAAAACGGGUCCAAGAACUUGCGAUUAGGGCAAGAAAGGCUGUGGAAGAAGGAGGAUCUUCCAAUAAUAACCUAUCGAUUUUGAUCCAAGAUGUGUUGAAUCAAUUGGCAUGAAGGUACACACCGAUACAUACAUAUGUUUGUGUACUUUUGGUAUCCUUAUACCUUGAACUAGCAAUUAAAAAAGCACCGAAUAAA